AUGAAUGCGCAACUCACAAAUGUGGCAGGAGCUGCAAGAUCCGAUCUCACUCAACUGUGGGAGGCAGCGGUGGAAGAGUAUGAGAAGGAAACUGGACACAGUCUCCAGCUCAACGGGUUCAACAGUAUGGAAGAGAUCAUGAAAGGCACGGAGAGCAUGUAUUCAAAGUUCAAGGCCUUUCGUAACGACCAGUCCAAGGUUUCCAAAGUGCGGACGGCUUUCAAAAAUAACAUGUGGUUGAUACAAAAUAUCGUGGAUACCGUACAGAGCGUCGCAAGCGCCGCAUCGGCCUUUCCGCCCGCUAUGCCGGUCAGCUUGAUCUUCACGGCCUUUGGGCAGGUGAUGCAGUCAUUUGCUGAUGUUUCUGCUGAUUACGAUAAUGUGAUGGGUUUCUUGGAUUUCACCCAUCGCUUUUUUGAUCGGCUCUCUAUCCUCGAUCAGAAAUUGCCAAACAUGCUUCCUUUCCAACGCUGUGUUACGCGUAUAUUCUCCAGCAUUCUGAAGAUAUGCUCUAUUGCACAGAAAUACGCCACACAGAAGCGACUUAGGAAAUGGUUCAGCAAUUUAGUGAAGGGUUCUGAUGAAGAACUUAAAGCAGCGAGUACACAGUUGGAAGAGGCCGUGAAUGAGUUCAAUCAAGCGGCAGGCUUAACUACUCUCAGGAGCGUUGAUGUUAUGAGUGAGGUUGUGCAAAGUAUAGAAGGGAACACCGAGUUUCUUGUCUCAAAUGCGACUCUCAUUGAUGAACGCACCACAGCGAUACUACGUGAUCAGGAGAGACUGGCAGAUUUGCAGCAAAAGACCCUCGAGAAAGUGGGAGACCAGAGUCAAGCGCUCGAUGAAGUCACCAGAUAUCUUGAAAAAAUCCAAAUUACCUCGAAUUAUCAGCAAGCACCACCGGAGCCUGUUUCCACAGUGCCCUUUACCCGUGAUCCGAAUUUCGUUGACCGUGGGACACUUCUUGAUGAGAUUGUUGCGCAAGUUCCUAGCCUGUCUUGCAAGAUCAAUGUUUCAAGCUCGGGAUCAAGAAUAGCCCUGGUUGGUCUGGGUGGUGUUGGCAAGUCUCAGCUAGCCAUCGAACUUUCAUACCGAAUCCUCGAGCAGUCACCUCAAACAUGGGUUUUCUGGGUUUAUGCGAGCAACACAGCGCGCUUCGAGCAAAGUUAUCGGGAGAUUGCCGAUCGAGUCAAAAUCCCCAGUCGUGAUAGCACGGACGCAAACAUCUUCAAACUCGUCUAUGACUGGCUUCAAUGGGGCAACAAAGACUGGGUCUUGAUUCUUGAUAAUGUUGAUGAACAUGAAUUUCUGAGUGAGAAGCGCGAUUCAAAUGGUGCUUCUGAGCAGCCACUUGCAAGCUACAUCCCACAGUGCCAGCAUGGCUUGCUUAUCAUGACAUCCCGAAGCAGAGAUGUGGCAUUGAAGUUUGUUGAUGACAGCGAAAUCGUUGUUGUCGAUCCGAUGGAUAAGCCACAAGCAUCAGCUCUCAUGAAGAACAAACUCGGAUUUUCUGCGAACGAAGACGAUAUAUUGGACCUCACAGAAGCGCUUGAUUUCAUGCCCCUAGCAAUCGUCCAAGCCGCGGCAUAUAUCAAAAAGCGAGUGCCGCGUUAUUCUGUCUCCCGGUAUCUUGAAGAUUUCCAGAAAGGUUAUCGUAAAGGGACGAGACUUCUGGAACAUGAGGCUGGUCAUCUCCAACGAGACCGGGAGGCCAAUAGCUCAAUCCUGACCACUUGGCAGAUAUCAUUUAAUCAUAUUCGAGCUUGCAAGCCAUCGGCUGCAAACCUCCUCUCCCUCAUGAGCUUCUUUGACCGACAGGGAAUUACUGAAGAGUUAGUACAAGACGUGAGAUUCAAGGAGAAUGAUAGUGAUGGCGACAGUACUUCUGAUUCUGACUUCGAUGACGGGUUUGACGAAGACAUCGAAACCUUGAGAGACUACUCGUUCAUUUCUAUAAGCCCGAAUGGCAAGUCUUUCCAAAUGCACAGACUCGUUCAGCUUUCUACCCGGAGAUGGCUUGAGACCCGCGACGAGUACGAACACUGGCAAGAUGUUUUCUUUGACGUGCUGUUCCAAAAGUUCCCGUCUGCUGAAUAUGAGAACUGGGAACUAUGUCACUUGAUGUUCCCUCACAUCAAAUCAGCAAUGUCACAAUUUCCAAAGUCGCAGAACUCGCUCAUGAAUUGGGCAUUCGUUCUACUAAAUGGAGCACUGUAUGCACGGAAAUCAGGAACAUCUAUUGACGUACAGUCGAUGGCAGCCAAAGCUGUGAAGAUAUUUCAACAGAUUCAUGGCCCCGAGCAUUAUGAUACUCUGAGGGCUCUACAGAUUCUCGCAAUAAUACUACAUGACCAUGGCCAAAUCCACGAAUCUGAAUCGCUGGAGGUGCAGGUGCUCGAGAUUAGGAAGAGGAUUCUCGGUGCAAAUCAUCCUGACACUCUAACUAGCAUGGGCAACCUAGCGACGAUACUUAGCAAUCUCGGCCGAUUUAACGAAGCUGAAGUCCUAGAGGUGCAGGUGCUAGAGAUUAGGAAGAAGAUGCUUGGUGCAGAUCAUCCUGGAACUCUGACUAGCAUGAGCAACCUAGCGUCAACAAUCAGCGAUCUUGGUCGAUUUACCGAAGCUGAAUCCCUGGAAGUGCAGGUUCUAGAGAGUAGGAAGAAGAUUCUCGGUGCAGAUCAUCCUGAUAUUCUAUCUAGCAUGAGCAACCUAGCGACGAUACUUAGCAAUCUCGGCCGAUUUAACGAAGCUAAAGAACUAAAGGUGCAUGUGCUAGAGAGUAGGAAGAAGAUACUCGGUGCAGAUCAUCCCGACACUCUAUCUAGCAUGGGCAACCUAGCGUCAACACUUAGCAAUCUCGGCCGAUUUACCGAAGCUGAAGCACUAGAGGUGCAUGUGCUAGAGAGAAAGAAGAAGAUUCUUGGUGCAAAUCAUCCUAAUACACUGAUUAGUAUGAGCAACCUAGCUUCAACACUCAACGAUCUCGGCCGAUUUGCCGAAGCUAAAGCACUAGAGGCACAUGUACUGGAGAGUAGGAAGAAGAUGCUUGGUGCAGAUCUUCCUGGCACUCGGACCAGCAUAAGCAAUCUAGCGUUCACACUUAGGGAUCUCGGCCGAAUCGACGAAGCUGAAGUUCUAGAAGUGCAUAUGCUAGAGAGUAUGACGAAGAUACUCGGUGCAGAUCAUCCUGACACUCUAACUAGCAUGGGAAACCUAGCGUCAACACUUAGCAAUCUCGACCGAUUUACCGAAGCUGAAGUCCUAGAGGUGCAUGUGCUAGAGAGUAGGAAGAAGAUGCUUGGUGCAGAUCAUCCUAGCACUUUGACUAGCAUGAGCAAUUUGGCGUCAACACUUAAGGAUCUCGACCGGCUACAGGACGCUGAAGCCCUAGCAAUGAUUGCACUGGAAUCAAGAGAAAGGGUUCUUGGCACAGAACAUCCCAAUACUUUGAAAAGCGGGAAUUUAUUGGCAAGAAUACUUCGAGGUCUUGGUCAGUUUCACAAGGCCGAGGCGCUUUUUGUUUCAGUGCUUGAGACUCGCAGGAGAGUGCUUGAUGUGCAGCACCCUGCUACACUCCGGAGCAUGGCUGAACUCGCUCGCACCUGGAAAUCUCUAGGCCGACACGUCGAAGCUCUAGAUAUGUUGGGAGAGAGCUUGGCCAUGAGAAAGCAAGUUCUAGGGCCUGAGCACUACUCUGUCUUAUCCGACUCUGAGACAUUGCUGCAAUGGGAAACCGAUGGACAUGCAGGGCAGGAGAGUUCAAAUCGACAUGAUGCCUUAUAG